AUGGCAGACCGAGUCUCUGAUCUGAUUGUCGACUCAAAACUCGAUGUCGAGGUGCAUGCCGACUACACUAUCCACAAGAUCUUCCAUUCUGAUCCUACGAUCGGUCGGCGGCGGAUUAAGAUCGACGAGAGAUGGCAGAAGAGUAGAGAGCUCGGUCGCGGAGCAGUCGGCGUCGUGUGGCUUGAGUCUUGUUCUGCAGGGCCUCAUAUGGGACAACUUCGAGCUGUGAAGGAAAUCCGAAGUGGCGGGAGAGAUGCAUAUACAAAAUAUCUGCGGGAGCUGGAGGCCAUUGCCAAAUUUUCCUAA